GCUCGGUCGGUGGCGCUGGGCUCGCGCGGGGAGCGGGGCCCGGGCGGCGAUUAGCCCCUUUCUAACCCUUUUUCCGUACAGAUUCCUCGGAUUGGCUUGGCUUCUGCUACUUAUUAAGAAAAAAUCAGCAGUCUCUGCAGAUGGCUCAGUGUGUGACUAAGGUGGAAUUGUCCAUAUCCUGUGAGAAUCUCAUUGACAAAGAUGUUGGUUCAAAAUCUGACCCUCUGUGUGUCUUACUCCAAAAUGUGGGAGGUGAUCAAUGGGCAGAGUUGGAUCGAACUGAAAAGAUAAAGAACUGCCAGAAGCCUGAAUUCUCCAAGAAGCUACUCAUUGAUUAUUACUUUGAGAAAGUGCAGAAACUGAAGUUUGGCGUAUAUGAUAUCGAUAACAAGUCCUAUGACUUAAAUGAUGAUGAUUACCUUGGAGGGGUUGAGUGUACACUGGGACAGAUUGUUUCCAGUAAAACACUGACUCGGCCUUUGGAGUUGAAGAAAGGAAAGCCAGCAGGAAAAGGCACCAUUACGAUUUCUGCAGAAGAGAUUAAAGACACAAGAAUUGUCAGUCUACAGAUUGAAGCACAGAACUUGGACAAAAAGGAUUUUUUGGGCAAAUCAGAUCCGUUUCUGGAAUUUUACAAGCCGAGUGAUGGUGGAAAAUGGCAGCUGGUCUACAGAUCAGAGGUGAUUAAGAACAAUUUAAAUCCAUGCUGGAGGAAGUUUAGUGUUCCCUUGCAAACAUUCUGUGGAGGGGACUUCAAUAAACCAAUCAAGGUACAUUGUACAGAUUAUGAUAGUGAUGGGUCACAUGACUUGAUAGGCAGUUUUGAAACUAACCUGUCUCAGCUGCAGAAAGCAGGUGGCAGCUCUCCGGUGGAAUUUGAAUGCAUUCACCCUGAGAAGAAACAAAAGAAAAAGAGCUACAAAAACUCUGGAAUUGUUAGGAUAAAAUCCUGCAAGAUUGAAACUGAAUACUCUUUCCUGGAUUACGUCAUGGGAGGCUGUCAGAUUAACUUCACAGUGGGUAUAGACUUCACUGGCUCCAAUGGAGAUCCAAAGUCACCAGAUUCUCUUCACUACAUCAGUCCAAAUGGGAUAAAUGAAUACCUGACUGCCAUCUGGAGUGUGGGGAAUGUGGUCCAGGAUUACGACACAGAUAAGCUGUUUCCUGCGUUUGGGUUUGGAGCUCAGGUUCCUCCAAACUGGCAGGUGUCUCAUGAAUUUGCCUUGAACUUUAACCCAAACAACCCCUAUUGUCAGGGAAUCCAAGGAAUUGUGGAUGCUUAUCGCCAGGCACUGCCCCAGGUCCGACUCUAUGGGCCAACAAAUUUCUCUCCUAUUAUAAACCACGUGGCAAGGUUUGCAGCUCAGUCAGCACAGCAAGGAACAGCUGCUCAAUACUUUGUACUACUGAUCAUCACAGAUGGUGAGAUCACUGAUCUGGAUCAAACCAGGCAAGCUAUUGUAAAUGCCUCCAAACUGCCUAUGUCUGUUAUUAUCGUUGGAGUUGGCAAUGCUGAUUUCAAAGCCAUGGAAUUCCUCGAUGGGGACAACGGCGUAUUGAAGUCCUUGACAGGGGAGCCAGCUGUACGAGACAUUGUCCAGUUUGUGCCUUUCAGACAGUUCCUCAAUGCUCCUCGGGAGGCUCUUUCCCAGACAGUCCUGGCUGAAGUUCCGAAGCAGCUGGUGUCCUAUUACAAGAUGCAGGGCUGGGCUCCUGUGAAGUUACCUGGAGCAAAGCAAGAAUAGAGGAGAGGAUACCUGCCGUGCACAUCUCCAAAGAAACGGGAAGAGCAUCUCUGCUUAUGUAUCAGUCGUAUUCAGAUUCUGUCGCACAUCAUUUAUUGCUCAGCACCUCUGAAAUGGAUCACUCUCGGUUCCCUGAUUUACACACCAUGUAUCUCUAGUUUCUGCUGAAUAUCAGAAAUGAAACAUUCUUUACAGAGAUGCUACACAGAGAAAAUGUAGCUACUGGCAGUUCUUAUGUGGAAGAACUGGAGUCAGGGCUGACUCCAGGUUUUUUGCCUCCCCAAGCAAAAAAAAAAAAACAGGAGGGAGGGGCACAGAGUGCCGCUGCCAAAGCGCCAAAAAAAAAAGAAGCUGGAAUGCUGCCACUUGAAAAGGGCCUCCCCAAGCACAUGCUUGGAACCCUGGUGCCUAGAGCCAGCCCUGAUUGGAGUUAUGUAUUAUGUAGAAGUAAUUAUAAGUAGAGGCAAUAAAAACAGCAAACCUGGCCUCCCAAAUUCUGAGAAUUUAUACGUAUGAAUCAGUUACUUCAGUACUUACUACAAUCCUGACUUAUGACUAGAUUUCAAAGCCCACAUGGUGCAUGGAACUGCAGAAAACUGACAACCAAGUAACAUUUUUCCAUGCUGAGUUUAUUGGAAUAUGAGUUAAUUGCUAUCAUGUUUGCCAAUAUAUGUCUUUGAUAAUGCAUUGCUGGACAGAGGGUUUCUGUUCUCUUCCCAAAUCAACUUGAUAGAAACCCUCAUAUAUUGAUUUGCAUCAAAGUCCCCCUGCUGCCUAGAUAGCUCAGGUAAUUUUUGUUAUGCCUUUGUAGAGUGCCAUGCGAUUUUCUAUUAUGUUUUUUCUUCAUAGAGCAAAUAUAUUUUUUAAACUUC